GGCGUAAGAGUUGGUUUGUCCGGAGAGAGAGAUUGGAGAGAGAUCAGCCCAUCGAAAGGAAGAAAGCACCAAGCUGGUGAACAUCUCAAGAGCUUGAAGACCACAAAAGGGGAGACCUUGAUUUCUUUCCUGAGAUGGAUGACCCGGUCCAGUUGAAAGAGGAAGGGAAUAAAUAUUUCCAAGCCAAGGACUAUGACAACGCCAUUCAAACUUACUCCAAAGCUCUGAAACUCACCAAAGACAAACCCCUCCAGGCUGUGUUGUACCGAAACCGGGCGGCGUGUUUCUUGAAAAAGGAGAGCUACGCUCAGGUGGCAUCGGAUGCAUCAAGGGCUAUUGAUAUCAAUCCUGCGGAUGUCAAGGCUUUGUACCGACGGAGCCAAGCUCUGGAGAAGCUGGGCAAGCUCGACCAGGCCUUCAAGGACGUCCAGAGAUGUGCCACCAUCGAGCCCCAGAAUAAAAACUUCCAGGAGACCCUUCGGCGCCUGGGUGCCAACAUUCAGGAGAAGCUCCGUAUCCAGUUCUCUACCGACGCCCGGGUCCAGAAAAUGUUUGAAAUCCUUCUAGAUGAGAACAGCGACAAAGAGAAAAGAGAGAAGGCUGCAAAUAAUCUGAUCGUUCUCGGUCGGGAGGAAGCCGGAGCGGAGACAAUAUUCCAAAACAAUGGCGUGAACCUGCUCUUGAGGCUGAUAGACACCAAAAACCCCGAGCUGAUCCUGGCUGCAGUGCGGACGCUUUCGGGGAUGUGCACGGGGCACAAGGCGCGGGCCACGGCCAUCCUCCACGCCUUGGGCAUCGGCAACAUCUGCCUCUGGAUGUCCAUCAACCACGAAGAGAUUUCCCUGGCCGUCUCCAGCCUCUUCCAGUCCAUCAUUGACUCUUUAACCGGGGAGGGCAAGAAGGAGGAUCACGGGAAGGAGGACGCCUUGGUGCUGGAUCCAAAGAAGGAUUUGAGAGCGAUCACUGUUCAUCUCCUGGACAUGCUCCCCAGUAAAAAGGUGUCUGGACAUGGCCGGGAUCAGGCGCUCAAUUUGCUCAACAAGAACAUCCCAAGGAAGGACCUGAGAGACCACGACAACAGCCGCACCCUGUUUGUGAUCGACAACGGUCUGCGAAAGAUCUUAAAAGUGGCCAGUCAGAUUCCUGACCUGCCUGAGUGUCUUCCCUUGACGGAGAACACCCAGCUGACAGCUUCAGUUCUCCUGAAUAAACUGUACGACGACCUGCGUUGUGACCCAGAGAGAGAUAAUUUCAGGCUGAUCUGUGAAGAUUAUAUCAAGAGCAAAAUCGACCCCCAAGACAUGAACAAGACAUUACAGGCCAUCCAGAUGGUGUCCGGGAUCCUUCAAGGCCCCUUUGAUUUGGGCAACAAGCUUCUGGGCAUGAAGGGCGUCAUGGAGAUGAUGGUGGCCCUCUGCGGCUCGGAAAGAGAGAUCGACCAGCUGGUGGCCGUAGAAGCUCUCAUCCACGCCUCGACCAAACUCAGCCGGGCCACGUUCAUCAUCACCAACGGAGUCAGCCUGCUGAAGGAAAUCUACAAGAAGACCAAGAAUGAGAAGAUCAAGAUCAGAGCUUUGGUGGGUCUUUGCAAAUUGGGUUCAGCCGGGGGCACCGACUAUGGACUGCGGCAGUUUGCAGAAGGAUCUACAGAAAAACUGGCGAGGCAGUGCCGGAAAUGGCUGUGCAACCCAGCCAUAGACACCCGUACCAGGAAGUGGGCUGUGGAAGGCCUGUCGUACUUGACCCUGGAUGCUGAUGUGAAGGAUGAUUUUGUGGAGGAUGAACCAGCCAUGCAGGCGAUGUUUGAGUUGGCCAAGACGAGCGAUAAGACCAUUUUGUACUCGGUGGCCACCGUCCUGGUGAACUGCACUAAUAGUUAUGACAUGAAGGAGCUGGUCCCGGAGCUGGUGCAGCUGGCCAAGUUUUCAAAGCAGCACGUCCCCGAAGAACAUCCGAAAGACAAAAAGGACUUUGUCGUCCAGAGAGUAAAACGCUUGAUCAAAGCCGGUGUCACCUCGGCCUUGGUUUGCAUGGUGAAAGCGGACAGCGCCAUUCUGACGGAUCAGACAAAGGAACUCCUGGCUAGAGUUUUUCUGGCUUUGUGCGAAGAUUCGAAGGACCGUGGUACCAUAGUGGCUCAAGGCGGCGGAAAGGCGCUGAUACCCCUGGCUCUGGAGGGGACCGAGGUGGGCAAGAUCAAAGCCUCCCAUGCUUUAGCCAAGAUUGCCGCCAUCUCUAAUCCAGACAUUGCGUUUCCGGGGGAGAGGGUCUACGAAGUUGUGCGGCCUCUGGUCAGUCUGCUCAACACCGAGCGAGACGGCAUUCAGAACUAUGAAGCCCUGCUGGGUCUCACCAACUUUUCAGGAAGAAGCGACAAACUCCGAACAAAAAUCAUCAAAGAGAAGGCCCUGCCGGACAUUGAGAACUACAUGUUUGAAAACCACGAUCAGCUCCGACAGGCAGCCACGGAGUGUAUGUGCAACCUCGUCGUCAACAAAGAGGUUCAAGAGAGAUUCCUAGCUGAAGGGAACGACCGACUCAAACUGGUCAUCCUGCUGUGCGGAGAGGAUGAUGAAAAGGUCCAAAGCGCCGCAGCAGGAGCUCUGGCGAUGCUGACCGCCGCGCACAAGAAGCUCUGCCACAAACUCACCCAAGUGACGACUCAGUGGCUGGAGAUUCUGCAGCGACUUUGCCUCCAUGACAACCUGGACCUACAGCACCGUGGGGUCGUGAUCGUUUGCAACUUAAUCAAUGCAGACCAGGAGCUGGCAAAAAAGCUGGUGGAGAGCGAGAUGCUGGAGAUCCUGACCGUCCUUGGCAAACAGGCGGACAACCCGAAGAGACAGCACAUCAUCAACGUGGCGCGGGAAUGCCUUGUGAAGUGCAUGGACUACGGCCUGAUCAAGCCGCUGUCUCAGACCUAAUGCUGCUAGAAGUGGGGAAAGCCAGCGGGCGGAGCUGAUCUCAGCAUGGGGUGCUCCGCUCCAGAUUUUAGUCCGAACUCUACGGGUGCUGCCCAAACGCGCUGGAUCUGAUCCCCUUAUAUGUUUAGGCUUGGUUUAGGUUGAAAAUCCAGAGCAGAUUUACCGUCCCCACUGAUCCUGGAAAGGACAGAAAUCUAAAGCAAAAAGGACUAGAGGAAUGUGGGGGAGGAAAUAAAGUAGGACCCUUGUAGCCACGGUUUCUUUUAUCUGCAGUCUAAAAAGAUUAAAA